AUGGAUGAUUCACUUUUUAAACAACCAACAACACCAUUGACGAGGUUGCCUACCCCGGUUCCGUCUGGGGAGGCGGAGUUCGUUGGGCGCAAGCCCGCCGAUGGUAAUGCAGUGCAGGAGAGGAAGGGCGCUAAGCCCAUCGAAGUCGUAGUCCGAACAGCCAGGGCUGCAGAAGAGGAUUCCGAAUCGAGCGGGAGUGUCUCUUCCCUCCGGAGCAGGAGGCUCUGGAGGAGGCAUUCCCGUUCGAUUGACAGUCUCACGCUCAACACGAGCGAUACGGAUGAGCCGGCGCCUAAGGCUCUGACAGUCGAUGGCAGGGGGAGAGGGCGUUCUCCCUUUGCCGGAAAAUACGUUGGCCUGAAAAAGGCACAGAAGGAACGCGACAGACUGAAGCGGGAGGAGGCGCGACAGAAGACAGAGGAGGAGAUCGAAGAGCGUCUCCGCUUCGUAAAGUCGCCGAUGCCUCCAAAGGAUAAUUCAGAUGAAGACCGCCCCGUCCUCAUGGAGGACCUUAAAGAGUGCGGGCAAAUUGUGCGCGGUAUAAUUAGAAAAUCGGGCAAUCGUAAGGGCACGUCUCAAAAGGCGCUCAACCGGGUGAUAAACAUCAUCACCCGGUACGUUGAGCAGCCAGAGUCCGCCGCCAUAGCCCGCCUAAAGGUAGAGAGACAGAAGGCCCAGGAAGACAGUGCCCGCCUGGAGGCCAGUGUAAAACGGUUACAGGAGGAGAAUGCCUCGCUCCGCCGUCGUCUUGAAAACUUGGAAGCGUCCAACAAGAAUAUCACCACGACGGAAGAGAUGCUGGCCAUGGUGGAGGCAAGGGUACAGGCCCAGUUAGAGUCCGCCCUGAUGGGGCCAGCACAGCGGCCUCCUUUGGCCCAUGAAAGGAGAGUGACAACCGGGGACACACAACUCCCCGUGUCGGGGGGAAUAGUAGGCGGUCCUCCCCCGCCGAAGCCGCAGAGGGAGAAGGAAAAGGGGAAGGGGAAGAAGACAGCCCAACCAGUCCCACCUAUUCCCGAUGCUGUGGCCGGGCCGUCCAGCGCGCCUCCACAAGCUGUUGCGGGUCCUUCCACGGCCCCGACCGCGACGGCACCGCCGGGGAAGAAGAAAGAACAUGAAAGGAAGAAGGCAACACCCAAGCCGAAUCCCCAAAAGGGAAGAAAGAAGGACAUGCCAGCACAACUCGCUUUGGAGCCCCGUCCGCUGCCGCCGGCCCCCUGCGUCCAUGGACACGGCCUGGACAGAAGUUCAUCGAAGCGCCCCGAGCCGAAACUCCGGCCGCCGAAGUCAGCUGCAGUAGUCAUAUCGCUGACACCGGCGGCCGUCGAGAAGGGGCUGACAUACGCUGAAGUACUGACAGACGCUCAGCGGCGAGUGGACCUCUCUGGCCUACAAAUUGAUAGGCUCAGGCCGAAGUAUGCAGCCACGGGCGCCAUGCUCUACGAGGUGCCCGGGGCUGAUUCUGAGCAGAAGGCUGAUUCCUUCGCCGCAAGGCUCAGGGAGUGCUUUGGGGACUCGGACGUAGUUGUAACCCGGCCCACCAAGUGCUCCGAAUUGCGAAUUUCAGGACUAGAUUUCGCGGCCACCUCCGAGUCAGUAAAGGCGGCCUUAUGCAGUGCCGGCGGGUGUGCUGCAGAGGCGGUCAAGGUGGGGGAAGUCCGACCCGAUAGAUCUGGGAUGGGCGCCGUUUGGGCCAAGGUGCCCACCAAAGCAGCCCAAAAAUAA